AUGUCGACCAAAUCCGGGAUCUCAGAACCGGGAUCUACACCACGAGUUUCUCCUAUGUCAACUGAGGUUGAUAUGAGGGAGAAGAUUCCAGUACAGAGUCACUCUUCCGCAUCUGAUGAUGGAAGAGAUCUCAAAACAAAAAGAUCCGUUACGUUUAUGCCGGAACUUGAGUCCAAUGAAGUGAAAACGACAGACCCCCGAACUCCCCUACUUCGACACAAAAUCAUCAUGUUUGCUUUAUGUGCUACAGUAUUCGCUGUCUCUCUGGAUACAUUCAUAAUGACAAAUACGCUGCCAACGAUUGCCAAGGACUUCGAUAUUUCCGACGCGGGAUUUGCAUGGAUCGGUUCUGCUUACAUGUUGGGUUUUGGUGUUGUCGUUCCUUUUUGGGCGAAUAUCAGCACCGUUUUUGGCCGGAGAGUGAUCUUAAUUAUUACUAGCGCAAUAUUCUUUAUUGGUACCGUGAUUGGAGCUCUUUCAAAGAAUAUCGCGAUAUUGCUGGGAGGACGUGCUGUUCAAGGCAUUGGCGGCGGAGGCUUAGUUGUCUUGGCCAAUAUCUGUGUCGGAGAUUUAUUUUCUGUGAGGUUAGUACCAUUUUCAGCACAAAAUAAGUGAUAACCCUCACUGAUAUUGGAACAAGGGAACUUGGACUGUACUUUGGUGUUGUUGGAGCAGUGACAGCCGUGGCUUCCGCGUCAGGACACACCAUACGGGGAGUGCUUUCCGAAAAAGCCAGUUGGAGAUGUUGCUUUUGGAUUCUCGGUGAGUCUGUAUCAUAAAAUACGAUACAGGAAGACUAACUCGAAUUCAGUGCCUUUCAAUGUUAUGUCAUUCGUAGUCCUGGUCUUCUUUCUCAAGCUCGACUCGCCUAAAAUACCUAUCCUGGAAGGACUCAAAAGAGUGGAUUGGCUUGGCAGCAUCACCAUUGUUGGUGCAACUCUCAUGCUUCUGAUCGGCCUACAGAUGGGAGGUACUUCAGCCCCCUGGAACUCACUCUUGGUUAUUCUUCUGAGUACAUUUGGGGCUCUUGGAUUCGUGUUUUUCGUCGUGGUGGAAUGGAAGAUUGCCAAGCCGCCGCUCAUGCCACUGAAGUUUUCAAACAGAAUUUCCACCAUAUCCACCCUAGGAGUGAAUAUAUCACAGUCCUUUAUCACGACUGGUUGCACUUACUUCCUCCCGUUGUACUUUCAGAUCGUCCUGAAUGUAUCUCCGAUUAUGUCAGGCGUCUACUUCCUCCCAACCACGGCAGUUCUCGCACUAUUCUUCAUAUUUGUUGGGUACGUGUUUAGGCGAACUGGAAAAUAUAAACUCCUGAUUCAGGUCGGAGCCGCGGCAUUGUUUCUCAGCACUGGACAAUUCAUACAUCUUCAGCCUCAUGCCGACUGGCCAUUGAUCAUUCUCACUGAGGUCCUGAUAGCAAUUGGGCUUGGACUUACCUACCAAGCACCCCUGAUAGCCUUCCAUGCUCAAAUUGACGAGGCAGAUGUUGCAGCCGGUACAUCCGCUUUCCAGUUCAUCAAAACUCUGAGUCAAACAAUGAGUGUUAUUUUCGGACAGGUCAUAUUCCAGAGCCAGAUCCGGAGACAGGCAGAUAUCCUUCAAGUUUCAGGUUUGCCAGCGAGUUACAUCAGCUCACUGAGUUCUGGAAACGCAAUUUCAACGGCGGCAAUCAGUUCUAGGAUCAACCAUGAACAGCAAAAGGCUGUCCGUACGGUUAUGACCACCGCCUUCAACGACAUGUGGAUCUUCUAUGCUGUAGUUGCAUUCUUGGGGUUCGUUGCAAGCUUUGGUAUUAGGAAAGUCAAGCUUUGA